AUGCCUCCUCGAUCCGUAGGUGGUUAUGACAAGGAAGAAAAGGCAGCUAGAGCUUAUGACUUAGCAGCAUUGAAAUAUUGGGGUACCACAACCACUACCAACUUCCCGAUCAGCAACUAUGAGAAAGAGAUAGACGAAAUGAAGCACAUGACGAGACAGGAGUACGUUGCAUCUUUAAGAAGGAAGAGUAGUGGCUUCUCUCGUGGUGCAUCCAUUUAUCGAGGGGUAACAAGACACCACCAGCAUGGGAGAUGGCAAGCAAGGAUUGGCCGAGUCGCAGGGAACAAAGAUCUCUACCUGGGAACAUUUAGUACUCAAGAAGAAGCAGCAGAGGCGUAUGACAUUGCAGCCAUAAAGUUCCGUGGACUCAAUGCAGUAACAAACUUUGACAUGACCAGAUAUGAUGUGAAGUCGAUUCUGGAUAGCAGCACAUUGCCCAUAGGUGGGGCUGCAAAGCGAUUGAAAGACGUAGAGCAGGCUGCUCAACAUCAACAUCAUGAGAUGAGUCUGCCAGUUGAUGGACACAAUAGAUCAGCACCAACAGAUGAUCAGCGUGACAAGAUGAUGAUGAUGAUGAUGAAUGGCAGUACUGGCACUUGUCAUGAUCAAUAUCAUCAUCAUCAUCAUCAGCAGCAGCUGAUCAUGGGUAGUGGCACUGCUGCAGCUGAUAACUAUGGUAGUGGUACAGCAGGCGGUUGGCCAACUCUUGCAUUUAACCAAUCAGCUGCUGCUGCUCAUCAUACGCCUUUUGGCAUGCACUACUACUCAUCACUAGUACCAUAUAAUAAUAACAGUGGGCAGAGGGUUUGGUGCAAGCAAGAGCAAGAGCAAGAGCAAGACAUUCAUUCCAACACUGCUCCUCAAAGCUUUUAUCAUCAUCAUCAGCAUCAGCAGCAGCAGCAGGAUCAGGAUCAAGAUCUUCAUCAUCAUCAACUACUUCAAUUAGGAAGUAGCCACAAUUUCUUUCAGGCAACUGGUAUGGAUUCUAUGGAACAUAGCUCAGGCUCUAACUCUGUCAUGUAUAGCACUGCUACUGCUACUAAUGGAGGAGGAGGAGGAGGAGAUCAUGGUGGCUAUAUAAUCCCAAUGGGUACAGUUAUAUCUAAUGAUCACAAUAAUGGUUUUGGAGAUGGCACUAAUCAUGAUCAUCAGGUGAAGGCGGUGGCGCUUGGAUUUGAAAAUGUGUUUGGCUCAACUACUACUUCUGCUAAUGCUGCAAAUGUUACUGGGGAUGCUUAUAAUAAUCAUGCAAGGAACUUGUAUUAUCUUCCGCAGCAGCCGCCGCAAUCGUCAUCAGUGUCAUCAGUAUCAUCCGCAGGUGUGGCCAAGGGCGGCAGCGCAUAUGAUAUUCAUGAAGCAGGGCAGUGUAACAAUUGGAUGCCCACAGCAGUUCCAACGUCGACUAACAGUAACAUCAACAUGCCUCCUACUUUCACUGUCUGGAAUGACACAUAA